UGACACGCGGACACUUGAGGGCAUGAUUCAUGUCAUGGAUCCUUCCGUGGCACUACCCAUUUAAGUGUGUGAUCUCUCCUGCACCCAUGCCAUGCCUCCACUUUCCCUUCCUGUUUGCAUCACAAUGUCACGCACACACGCCAAUGUCACGCACACACGCAUUGCCACUAUAGUCUGUAGUAGGCAAAACAUGUACGCGUCUGCACUGCACUGCACAGCCCACGUCUCUCUCCCCAUGCAUACCAACACAAACCACCCCAUACACACGAUACGAUACGGUAGUACCACAGCCAUUCACACAUGUCACUGACCGACCGACAGACAAAACGUGUAGGUAGGGUAGGAGGACGAGGGACAUGAAAGCAUCAUGAGAGAGAAUCAAUGAAUGUGCAACUCUCUCUAACUGCCUGCCUGCCUGCCUGCCAAAGACAGACAGAAGAAAUGCAGAGAGCCAGCAGUACUGGUACGUACUUCCUUCUAUGCGUCAUGUGUCUGCCCACUUCACACAGCAGGUCGACGCAUGCGCAGAUGCAAAGUCCAUGUCGCAAGACCAGCAGAGGGAGACACAGGGCGGCGACACAGAGACGCGUCCAUCCAUCCAUCCAUCCAUCCAUGCGUCCAUCACCGGCCUGUGUCCCCUCCUGUAAGUAAAAAGGGUCGUGCUAACGGACAUACACACACCACACCGACACGUCACAGCAGUCUGUUCAAGAAAAAGCUCAGACAGGCAGGUAGGCACGCAGGCAGACAGGCGAAGCGUCAUCUCAUCAGUCAGUGCUUCCUGGCGUCCUCGGGCAUUUUGUCGGCCGUGGGGAUGGUGACGCAGUCGAUGACGAACCGGUACUUGACAUCGCUCUUGGUCAUGCGCUCAAAAGCCGUGUUGACCUGAGAAAGAAACCAUCACAUACAACACAUCCGGCCAUGCGGACGGACACGAUGGAUAGAUAGAUGGAUGUGACGGGUGGCCAGAGUUUGUGGCAUGGCAGCUCACGUAGUCCAUGGGGAUCUUUUCGAUGGUGCAUGCGAUAUUUUUGUCGCCACAGAAGUCCAGCAUCUCCUGGGUCUCCUUGAUGCCGCCGAUCAGAGACCCGGCAAUCUUCUUGCGGCGGGGGAUCAAGCUGAACGCAUGGAUCUGCAGACGAUAACCAUCAGUACAGCGCAUCUAUGAGAGAGACUCUCUCUCUCUCUCUCUCUUGUGUGUGCAUAUGGGUGACCUCGAGUGGUUCUGGUGCGAUGCCGACGACGACGAGCGUUCCGUCGAUCUUGAGGAGGCCGAAGUAUGGCGCCAUGUCCUUCUUGACGCUCGCCGUGUCCACAAUGAAAUCCAACGACUCGGAUGCAGCCUGCAGACAGGCGCACACAACCGUGUUUCAUGAAGCGUGCUUUUGGGUGGGUGGAUGGGUGGGUGCUAUGUAUGACCUUCAUGGCUUCAGGGUCUUUGGAGCAGAGGAACUUGUGGGCGCCGAGCACCUCGAUCGCCUCCUUCUCCUUGGAGGCGCUGGACGAAAUCACUGUCACCUCACAGCCAAACGCAACGCCUGCGUACAGCACAUACCCACACACACAGAGGAAGACAGCGGUGGUCACACAUCCAAUGCAGCCACGCGCGCAUUAUGACAGACAGACAUGCAUCCACAUACCGAAUUUGACCGCCAUGUGCCCGAGGCCACCUAAGCCGACCACACCAACUUUGGUGCCGGGUUUAUCCAUGCCGUAGAACCGCAUUGGUGACCAGGUGGUGAUGCCGGCACACAGCAGCGGGGCCGCGGCGUCCAGCGGCAGGUUGGACGGCAUCCUCAAUACAAAAUGGUCCUUGACCACCUGCACGUCAUACACGAGGCAGACGUGUGCAGACAGACAGACAAACACUUUUCGCUCCGCUUGCUUACGAUGUCCAGUGAGUACCCGCCGUAGGUCGGCUGCACACAGGCACAAAGACACAAGAGAGAGAAGGCACCUUGUGGUGCUACCAUCGGUCCGCAUAAGAAGGUCGCCUUACAGUUCCGUCAAAGUUCUUUGCGUUGUAGGUUCCAAUCAUCAUGCCCGGGAUGCAGUACUGCUCCUCGCUCUCCAAACACCGAUCGCACUUGAGGCACGAGUCGACCAUGCAGCCGACACCCGCACUGUCGCCCACCUUCACCUUGGUCACCUGCUCGCCCACACAUACAGACAGCCACCGCACACAUGGGCGUGUGCGCCUUCUGCUUGUGUGGGGACACUGUCCACCCACCCACACACACACACACACGUACCUCUGAUCCGACAGCAGAGACGAUGCCGACCACCUCGUGGCCAGGGACCAUGGGGUAGCUGCUAUUAUGCCAUUCGUUCUUGAUCUGGUGAAGGUCGCUGUGGCACAUGCCGCAGUACGUGACCUUGAUGUGCACAUCCUGAACCGACACAGCGGGCCAGGCAGCCACGCACAUUGAAGGUCCUGCGGGAGAAGGGCCUGCCUCACUGCGUGUGCGUGUGGUCAGCUUACGUGCGGGCCCACGUCACGAUGCUCGAAGACGAAGGGCGACAUAUGACCUAAGACGUGCAAUAGCAACAGGCAAACAGACCGACAGGGCAGAAUGAAUGCAGUCAUGCCGUCUGUCUACAUGAUCGCAUUGUGCUGCGCUUGUCUUGUCAGUCACCCGAUUCAUCGCGGGCAGCGUAGCCUGAGGUCAGAAUGGGCAUGCUGGCACUGACAGUCGUUGAGUAUGAACUUCAGCAGUUCACUUUAACAGCAGCUGACAGCAGAAAGAGCACCACGAUUACACCGAGAGAAGAGGAAAGGCACCGAGAAGGCCUGCGCUGGGAUGGAGCGG